CGUCAAUUCGACGACAACAUCAAUUCGACACCAACCACCGACGAAAUGAAGUUCCUCAAGAUUGGCCGUGUUGCCAUUAUCACCCGUGGCCGAUAUGCGGGAAAGAAGGUUGUGAUCAUUCAACCCCAAGAUACCGGAAACAAGUCCCACCCAUACCCUCACGCUCUCGUCGCCGGCAUUGAACGCUACCCGUCGCAAAUCACCCGCAGAAUGUCGAAGGCCCGUCAAGCCAAGCGAUCCAAGGUCAAGCCAUUCAUCAAGGUCAUCAACUACAACCACCUGAUGCCCACACGCUACACACUCGAGUUGGAGGGUCUCAAGGGAGUUGUUACUGCAGAUACUUUCAAGGAGGUUUCUCAACGGGAGGAGGCCAAGAAGACCGUGAAGAAGGCAUUGGAGGAGAGGUACACGUCGGGGAAGAACAGAUGGUUCUUCACUCCUCUUAGAUUUUGAACGGUUCCUCUGUCAUCGGGUCUGGACGGGUGUUAUUUCAUGGCAUGGCAUGGCAUUAGUCGCAUAACGAACCAAAGAAUGCUGGUUUCUCCAAAUCUGCGAUCCUUAGGAGCACGUACACCAAGGAUGAUUUUGAACUUCGAGCCAAAAUGGAGUAACGAAUUCUGACUAUCCGGAAAUCCACAGUGAUGGUUUGUGACUCUUGACCUCCAAGUAGAUACACUCGAAGAGUGUCGAUGCCAGUCUGCCGACCACCGCGACAACGGAACCUGAUAUUCCUGUGAAUUUCACACAUUCGAAUUGAUGCUCAACAAACC